AUGGAUAUCGUGCUCGAGCUCACCGAUACCUUCAUCGCCGACUACGCCUACGCGUAUUUCGCCCCUGCGCGUCCGGCCCCGUAUGACUUCCCCCACGCCACCGCCGCCAAUGGCUCGGCGCAGACCUUCUCGACCUGGACCUACAAGCCUGCCACCAAGUUCAUCCAGGUCCAGCCAUCCCAGGCCGCCUACAACACCUCGAUGCCUCGCGACAGUCCGUUGCGCCAGCUCAUAACCCUCUUCUGGAUCACCUGGAUCUUUGGCAUCAUCGUCUACUUCAUCUUCGCCACUCUGUCAUACUUCCUCAUCUUCGACAAGCGCACCAUCCACCAUCCCAAGUUCAUCAAGAACCAGAUCUGGCUCGAGAUCAAGCAGGCCAACAAGUCGAUGCCCUUCAUGGCCGUCUGCACCGCACCCCUUUUCCUUCUCGAAGUCCGCGGCUACGGCAAGCUCUAUGACACCACCGACGAGGGGCCCGGCAUGUGGUACAACAUCCUCCAGUUCCCGCUCUUCCUUCUCUUUACCGACUUCUGCAUCUACUGGAUUCACCGCUACCUGCACCACCCGCUCAUCUACAAGCACCUUCACAAGCCGCAUCACAAGUGGAUCAUGCCCACGCCCUACGCCAGCCAUGCCUUCCACCCCCUGGACGGCUUCGCCCAGUCGCUUCCCUACCACAUUUUCCCCUUCAUCUUCCCGCUCCAGAAGGUGGCGUACGUCUUCCUCUUUGUCUUUGUCAACUUCUGGUCCAUCCUCAUCCACGACGGCGAGUACCUCACCAACAACCCCGUCGUCAACGGUGCUGCCUGCCACUCGCUGCAUCACUCCCGCUUCGAGGUCAACUACGGCCAAUUCUUCACAGCCUUUGACCGCCUGGGCGGCACCUACAGAAUGCCCGAGGCCUGGAUGUUCGAGAAGGAGAAGAAGAUGUCUGAGAAGCAAUGGAAGAAGGAGUCUGCCACUGUCGACGAGUUUGUCAAGGAGAUUGAGGGCGAUGACGAGCGCACCUACGGCCCUGACCUGGCCGCCAAGAAGAUGAAGUAG